GAGCCAAUGUUGACGCACACCGUCUGAUUUCUAAUACACCAUCAACAAGGAUGUGUAACUGGGACCAGUUCAAUAAAGCUUUACGAUAUAUAUUUCAGAACUUUGAGGCAAUUAAAGGCUAUUACACAAUCGGAUUGAAAAAGCUCAAAUAUCACGGCUAUAGAAACAAGCAAAAAGCAUUGACCGAAAUGUGUAAACGGUUGUUUACAGGUAGCAGAAAAUAUCAAGAAGGCAAUCCUAAUAUACAACAAGCAAAUCAGCAAAAGUGGAAAACGUUAGCCCCUAGAGACAAUGCCGUGGCAUUUGGUUCUGCUCGGUUCGGUGGACUUUGUGGGAAUGUGCCUUCUCCAACAAAGGUAUUCAGAAAAGCCUUACUAAAUUAUGUCAAAUCAACCGAACGCAACCAGCCAAAUUCAAGAAAGUACAUCGUUAUGAUUGAUGAGUAUUUCACAAGUCAAAUAUGUCCCAGAUGUUAUAAAAGAAAUACUUCCAACCAACGCGAUAACUCCAAUAUGAUGAUCCAUCCAAGAUCACAUGGCGAGUCCCAACAUACGCUCUAUCUUUUUGUAUAUGGCUGCCAACAACAACAAUCAACCUGAAGAGUUUCGGUGGGGUUCAUUCACCCAAAAAUUAAAAGUAUCUUAAUAUGUCCCAUUUCCGUAUCGCUGUCCCAUUUU